AGCGGUACCUUAGUUUCAGUUCUUCCUACCAAGUACACUGUCAUACAGAGAGCGACAGACACAGAAGCAGAGAAGGAUUUAGAAGCUUAGACGCUAACAAGAAGCUUGAGAAAUGAUGUGGAAUCUUGGAUCGGAUGAAAUAGUUUCAGAUUCUGAGGAGGAGAACGCCCUGUCUUCAGAAGAUGAAAGAGACAUUGAGUGCGAGAUUCUGGAGAAAGAGCGAGAUGAGGCGAAUAAAAAGCUGUCAAGGAUGGAGGAGGCCUCUUCUCAACUGCUCAAGGAGCUGGAUGUUUUAGAGAUGCAGUUUCAGAUUGAGCGGUCCUGCAGGGAGACCGCAGAGGCCUUUGCACUGAAGGUGACAAAAGAUUUCAAGACAUUAAAGAGGCAAAGCCAAGCUAUACUUCCCUUGAUUCAAGAAAUGCCAGAAAACUUCUCCAUCCUCGAGGCUGAUCCCAGCUCUGAGCUGGUCCCUGAGGAAGAGGGUGGUGAAGAUCCGCUUCUCAUGAGUCAGAACCAAAUUAGAGAACUGCAGUCUUCUGUAGACCGGUUACUUGGGGAGAAAUUUCAACUCAGUGAGCAGGUGGAGCUUCUUAAGAAAGAGAAGGAAGAUUUGACAGAAAAGUUGGUGUUGGAAGUUGGGGAGAAAGAGGCCCUUCUGAGGAAGUUCAGUAAGCAGAGUAGGACUGUGAAUAAAAUCAAGAGAGUGUCCCAGCUGGUUACAGAAGAGUUUACAGAGAUGUCUCAGAAGCUUGAAAUGGAGCAAGGACUCAGACAGCAUGCUGAAGUUUUUGCACACCAGAUGCUGGUGAAACAGAGAGAAACCCAGAGACAGAUUCAGAACGCAGAGACUGAGAAACAACUACAACAGGCCCUGAGUCAAGUGACUGACAUCAGCAAAGCUCUGGAAGAGAUACGACUCUGUUACCAAAACCAGAUGUCACAGACAGCAGCUGAGGAUCUCAAUGCUCUGACAGAUCUGACUGCAGUAAGAACAAAGCUGGAGAUCAGCGAGAAAGAGAAGAGCGAGAUUGAGUCUCAGCUGAGAGACUCACAGCAAUCUGUUACUGCACUUCAGAAGGAAAUCAUGGUGCUUCAGGAUAAACUGAGAGAAAUAAAGAAAAUUCCUUCAAUCCAAUAUGACCAAUCGAAAGUGGCGAAUGAAAAUCCAGCUAGUCCACCAUCACUGCCGUCACCUCCUCUUCCACCUCCUCCACCACCUCCACCUCCUCCACCACCUCCUCCAUCUUCAGCUGUCACUGACCCGCUGAAGGCCUUGAGGAAUAGAAAAAAGGGUGGAGACAGCACCACUCAAACUGCGAAACCCGCAAUUACGGAGGACAUGAAGUCCAGAGCUGUGGAUGAAAUGAUGGAAAGAAUCAAGAAAGGCAUUGUUCUUAAACCUAUUCUCAAACCACCACAGGUUGUAACAGAGGAUGAAACUGCAUGGAAGGAGCAGAGGUCUGAAAACCGGAAGUCAGCUGUGCUGGAAUUACAGGGGAUGCUGGUUUCCAUGAAGAGGCCUGGCCCUCGAAGGGUGGAAUCUAAACGCUUCAGCCGUAAUGUUGGGGAGGCAGAGCUUCAGAUGGUGCUUCAGAGAAGGAGGCGGGCCAUGGGGGACGAAAAAGGGACCCCACCUCCUCCAACUAAACCCAAAGAUUCACCCGCUGCCGUGCCGGUCUCGAGCUCUUCGCCCUGGGCGGGGGAGAGUGGAAGCGCCCCUGUCCUCCGCAGACUUCAGCAGAACCGCGAGAAGAGAGUCUCUCGCAUAAAGGCUUCCGAGUCCAUUAUAUGGGAAGAAAAGUGAGAUUUGAGGGGUCUUUUAUUCUGACCUUCUGCACUUUUGAGAAACACGAUGUUGAACUAAGUAUGACUUCAACACCUAUUUCCUUCUGUCAUAUGCCUUUUGGAAUUUGUUUAGAGUAAAUGUCACAUAAAUGCUGAAUAAAACGUUAACCCUGUUAACUAUGGUAUGAAAGCAGCCAUGGAAAAACCAAGGACCCCUGCAUUCAAAAAUGAAUUAUGAAAGAAAUAAAAGACAUUCUGCACAUACUCAGUCUGUCUUUUCUU